AUAGCGUGUUGAUUCGCUGUUCGGCGAUUUCAAUUCGACGCGCUGUGUUUUUGGUCAAAAAGCAUUAAAACCACGCAGAUUAAAGAUUUAACAAAUGCAUCUAGUUAAAAUACGGUCAAUUUAACUAUAUUUAUUGCUUUAUUUUAAGCAAAACUGUACGCAAUUGUAGGUUAACAUAACUAAACAUGAGCAGUGGAAAUUGGGGUAAUAGGAAGCCAUGGGGCGGUCGAGGUCGUGGAGGCUUCGGCGGCAGAGACAGAGGCUCCAGGGGAGGGGUCAAUAAGAACUACAGGGGGCAUAAUUUUGGAAAUAAUAGAGGGUUUCGCGGUGGGCGUCAGAAUGAUUAUGGCGGACGCGGGCCGCCCCAACCGUUCCAGAAUUAUGGUAAAACGCCGCGAGAUAUGCCUGGGAAGCGACUGUCGGAAGAGGAGAUUGGUGUUACAGAGUAUAUCAACGACCAUGAGGGGUUUUUAGGUGUUAUCAAGUCCAGAUACUCCGAUUUCCAAGUCUCCGAGAUCAAUCUUAAAGGCGAGAUAGCCAAGCUCACCAAUACCAAACCUCCACAACCACCCGUAGACAAGGACGUAGAGCAGGAUGAGGAUCUGCUGCUGAACAAGUAUAAUGUGGAGAUCCUGCCAAUGGAUGAGUGGGACCGGAUCAACAAGCUGGCUGUGUCGGAAGCUAGUACCGAGAAGGUUGAAAUAGACGUGACAGGCAUGUCCAAAGAGCAGAGGACCAAAAUCCAUGAUGCGGUGAAAAAGGCCUUCGGAGACAGUAUUGUCGGCAGCACCGUCAGUGAUGGGGACAAGAAGCUUGUGCGGUUUGAGAGAUACAGAAAAGGAGGCUGGUUCCCAACUGACAUAAACCCCUUCAUACAAGUUUCGAGAGAGGAUAUCAUGAGAGUCCAGAAUACAGAUUUUAAUGGUGUUUCUACACACAAUCCAUAUGGCGGUGCCAAAAUGCUGUCUACUACAUGUAUUGGUGCUGUUUCGACAGUGCCAUACAAUUUACAGGGUGCUGUUUCCACAGUGCCUCUCUUUUCACGACGAGACAUUUCUACAGUCACUUCCCAUUUUACAAAUGAUAAUAGAACACCGCAAGGCCAUAGCCAUAGUGGAAGAGGUGUUGGACCUAUGGUUUAUCUAAGCUCGGCGCAGGCUCUAAGCUGUACCCAGUCUGAAAGAGUUUAUGAAACAGUGACUGCGAUAUGUGGCUCGCGGCUGGCCCAUGGUAGUACCCUGUCUGAUAGAGAAGUUGCUGGGCCAAUGACUUUUUCAAGCUCGGCACAGGUUCUAUACCGUACCCAGCUUGAUGAAAGAAUUAGUGGACCACCUUGGAAAGACUCUUCCGCUCAAAGCCGUACCUUGCCGUGUAUAAAAGUUGAUAGAUCAGUGGCUUGGGAAACUAACUUGUCCGCUCCAGACGUUACAUUGACUGACAGAAUAGUUGGCCAAUCAGAAGCUUCAUCUACAGCCAAGUUUCAAUGUCAUACUCAGUCUAUAGUCACAGAAGACGACUCACCAGAAGUAUCUAAUGCCUUAGAGCAGAUAGAGCCACAAGAUAAUGUGUUUGCGAGGCUCGAUGCCGGUUGGACUAUUCAAGAUCCCAAAAAUAAGACAAUAAACCGAGUGUCUGAGUCUGAACCUACAAUUAAUGAAAGAAAGAAAAAGAAAAAUAAGAAACAGCGUCGAAAGGCUAGGGAACUAGCUAGGCAAGCAAUAGAGAUUAACACAACUACAUUAUCUACACACCCAGAUGGUACACUGACUGAUGGAAAUUUUGCUGAACUAGAGGCUUUACCUACAGACACGUCUGAAUGUCAUAGUCAGUCUAUAAUCAUAAUAGAUAGUGACGAUUCACGAGCCGUGUCUGAUGUCUUAGAGCAGACAGAACCAGACGCGAUAUUAGCACAACUUGAAGCUAAUUGGACUAUUCAGAAUCCCAAAAAUAAAACAAUAAAGCCAGUGUCCGAACCUGCAAUUAAAGAAAUAAAGAAAAAGAAAAAUAGGAAACAGCGUCGAAAGGCUAGAAAACAAGCAAGACGAGCAAUAGAGAUGAACACAAUUGCGUUAUAUACCCACCUACCGGAUGCUUCUGGAAACACAGCUUACAGUACUCCUAACACAAAUACCAUGAAAGCAGCUAUCGCCCUUGAAGUCAGUACUCCUAAAGGAAAUGAAGAAAACCCGAAUAUAUCACGAAAAAGAACCAUUGAGGUCAUACCACCUACUGAUCCUAUUAAGAGGAGAAAACUUAGUGCCAAAGAAAGUAAACUAGAGAUAAUAUCACGUAAAAGAGUCCUUGUUGAUAACAUUGAUAAUAGUGUUGAGGCUAAAAGACAGAAAACAGAAACGAUAGGAAAUAUAACGUAUGCAGAAGCUGUAAAAUUGGGCCUGAUAGUUUCCAUCACAACAUUAAAUAGAUAUUUUACUCCUCAGCUUUCCGAAGAAUUUCAGCAACAAUUACAAGCGAGACUAAUGGAGGAUGCCAGGAAAUCAAAUAACAGUCCUGGUCCAAUAUUUAGAGGAAAACCGAUAUAUUCCAACGGUGCUUUACGUCUUUGGUGUGAAGAUGAAGCCACGCUUUCAUGGCUUAAACGUACCAGUUCCGCCAUAACUGUUUCUUCAGGAGUUAAAAUAAUUAUAAAGAUCAAAAGAGAAGUUGAACCGUUGGUACGCUGUGGUAUAGUUUUACCUGGUGUUUGGGAUGACUUUACUUUGAUUGUAAAAACAUUGAGGUAUCAGAAUGCUUGGGCAGAAGUUGAUAGUUGGAAACUGCAUAGGAUUGAAAAACAAAAGACUGAUACUUUUGCUGUUAUUAGUGUACCAGAGAGUUUGGUGAAAAACAUUUUAGAGCACGAACGCCGACUUGGCUUCAUGUUAGGUUCUGUAUAUGUGAAGUUUGAAGGUUCUAAAGGAUUCUUUUCUGAAUAUCCGCCACAAAAUGUUUUCCAGAAUCUGCAUAAAGGCGUGGAAAGUGCUCAUAUGACCAACCAAGGAGUAAGAAUACAAUAUCAAACUUUGGAAAGGACUGACUCAGUUUCUGAUGAAGAUGAAGAAUUUGAAGACCAUUUGGAAAUCGAACAGAAUCUAAGAUAUCACUUAGAUAGCGGAGUCAAUACGCGUUUAAGCAAUGUCAAGAAAGAAAGAGUGGGAAUGCCAAGAGAAGGUAUCCCGUUCUAUCAAACUUAACAAGUAACCAAGAUAACCUCCACCAUCAACUACUAUGGCUUUACUUUUGGUGGGGGUUUUAUACAGCCAUAACUGAUUUAAG